GCAAAAGAGAAGGCUAGAUUUUCAAAAACAAUUUCAUUUAUCUUCCCUAGAGAGUGUUCAGAUUUGCCAAGUUGUCCAAAAUCUCGGAAGUUGGAAGUUUUGCUGCACUGCUCAGUCAACUUGCUUGAAGGAGAUACAGGGUGUUCGAUUUGGCCAUCAUCUCUUUUCCUUUCAGAGUUCGUACUUUCCUUUCCAGAACUAUUCACAAAUAAAUCUUGCUUUGAGGUGAGAUGUAUGUAGAUAAGUGUUUUGUUCUCCCCCCUUCCAAUCUGUUGUCCAGCACUACCAGCAGGUGGCAGUGCAAAGUUUUCAAAAUCUCUGCUGUCAAGUAAAUGGUUAUUUUCCCAAGCAUUCUCCGAAACUCUUUUGCAUUUGCUAGUGAAUAUGAAGAGUUGUCACUCUUUUCACAUACUGACACUCUGACACACAUCAUCAUUUGUUAACUUCUGUGGGGGAAAUGUUAUUUUUGGUUUUCCAAAUACGGAGAAGUAGGCAACUGAAUCCCUAUAUCCUUCAUCUAUUUGUCUAACUUAUUUUUUGACGAAUCAAUGUUCAUAACUCUAAUUAUCUCAGAUGAUUAAUGUAAUGUUGCAAUUUAUGAUAAAGGUAGUCAUAUUAGUUUGACACUCUAAAGUCUAUAUUAUGAAGACAAAAUUGUAAAAUUAAAAUAACAACUUUACAAAGUGUUUUGAGCAUUCAAAACUAACAAUUUUUGUCACUUUAGAGGCUGAUUCCAAUACAAUGCUUACUAUACGGGGACCAAUUGUGGUUAUAUGCAUAAUUGAGGAAUUAAGUAGACUGUAUCUCUACAAUUUGAGUAAAGGUUGUAUUUCCCUGAUAUUUGGUACAUACUUUUUCUUUAAACAACAUUUUCAUAAUAAAUCUCUGAUCUAAUAAAGUGAGUAAGCUGUGCAUAUCUGUUUUUGACAAUAACAGGUUGGUUCAGGUGUUGGAUUAGUUGGCAUCUGUCUAGCCCGUAUAAAAGCCUCCAAAGUAAUACUCAGUGAUGGUGACUUGUCAACUUUAGCAAAUAUGAGGCUUAAUUUGGAGUCAAACAAGAUUACUGCCAGUAAUGAUUUCUUGGAGCAUACAGUAGAUUCUAAUACAGUACAAUGCCUGCACUUGCCCUGGGAAUCUGCAGCUGAAAAUGGUCUUCAGCAGAUCAAUCCGGAUAUAGUGGAAGCAAAUUUAUCAGUGUUGGACAUCACGGAGAGGGCCAAGCCAUUCAGCUUGCUUCCUUAUGCAAAGUCAUACCAACCAUCCAGCAUAAAGUUGCUAUGCAUUUCAUACUUGCCCAAGUGAAGGCUGCAGCCACCUCCAUGGGGAAUUGUAAGCUCUAUCAAUUCAAUGCUUAUUUUACCCGAGGUGAAUUAAUUCACGCUUGACCAAUUCUGAUCGAACUAGUACCCACAUGUUCGACCAAGAGUGACCGAAGUAGUUUUUUUGGGUAAGCGCUUAGUAGCAAAGAUCUUGAACACCUCAAAAGUCUAGGUGCCAAAUCUAGAGAAUUGGGGUUUUCAUGAAAAAUCAUUUCCUUAAUGCAUUUGGUAAGAAUGGUUAUAUUGAGUAAAAGUGUAGGUGCCAAAUCUAAAGAAAGGGUUUUUCAUGAAAAAUCAUUUUCUUGUGUUUGGUUGGCAGAGAAAAGUUUUACCUUGAAAAUUUGUGUUCUAUUGAAUAGAAUGAAACCUUUUAUCAUGGUGAAACUUAGGAUAUUGGUUUUCAAUUCUUUAGAAAGAUUUGUGUCUUUGUAAUGCACUGUUUUGUGUGGAUGGAAUGUCAACAUUUGGAUGGUUAUACAUGAGAAUAUAUAGGGUUACAACAG